AAAGGCGCCUUCAGGAAACAAGAAAAAGAAAACCACGCUUCAAUAUCAAAGAGAGGGAAGAUUCCUAUGUGAUCUCCAUGUGCUACCAUAAGUUCAUCAUCGUUGACCUCAACUUGUGUUAUUAGUUCUUCAACAAAGCCAACACGAUACCCAUAUUCCAAAACACCCUCACAAUGGAACAGAGAACACUAGAACUCAACAUCACAUCGGCCAAGGAUCUCAAAGAUGUCAAUCUAUUCUCCAAGAUGGACGUAUACGCCGUCGUUUCAAUCUCCGGCGAUCACCACCAUAAGCAAAAGGCCAAGACCCCCGUCGACAGAAACGGCGGCACCAACCCCACCUGGAACUUUCCCGUCAAAUUCACCCUCAACGAAACGCUUGCGUUCCAAAACCGGUUAACCCUUGAUAUCACCCUCCGGUGUGAGCGCACACUCGCCGCCGACAGAGACAUCGGUCAAGUCCACGUGCCUCUCAAGGAACUCCUCGACCAAACCGGCGACGGAAAAUCCUUCCAGCAUGUCAGUUACCAGGUCAGAAAACCCUCCGGCAAGCCCAAGGGUGCCUUCAAUUUCUCCUACAAAUUCGGAGAAAAAUUCCCUGCUCCGACGAAACCGGCCGCGGCGGCUCCCAAGGCGGAGCCGGUCACGGCUUACCCUGGUCCGGCAACGAGUUCCGCUUCCGCGCCCUACGCCGCAGGGUAUCCUCCACCGCCGCCGCAAUAUGCGACAGGAUAUGGGUCAUAUCCUCCUCCGCCGCCGCAGCAACCGGGUUACGGGUACCCACCACAACCCGGGUAUGGAUACCCACCACAACCAAGUUACGGGUACCCGUCACAGUCCGGGUAUGGAUACACAGCACAAGCAGGGUACGGGUACCCUGCUCCUCCUCCAAGAGUUCAGAGAGCGGGGAAGAACAAUUUUGGAAUGGGAUUGGGGGCAGGGUUGCUUGGGGGUGCAUUGGGUGGGCUUCUCAUUGGGGAUAUGAUAUCUGAUGCAGGUGCAUACGAUUCUGGUUAUGAUGCUGGUUUUGGCGAUGCUGGUGGAUUUGGUUUUUAAUUUUCUUCUUCUUCUUCGUUUAAUUUAGUUUUUGUUUUGGUGGUAUGACUUAGAAUAUGUGUAUUUCACAAUUUUAUUUAGUUUUGCUUUCCUUGCUUGUGAAAAUGGUGUACAGGACUGGAAGCUACUACUUUGUGUAAUUGUUCUUCAAGUUAUUACUAUGCAGUAUCAAUACUUUUUAUGUAAUUUAGUUAUUUUGCUUCACUACUCUGUAAUUUAUUUAUUUUUUUGUGUCUUUUGGAAUUGCAUCAUUUGGUUUCUCUGGCAAGGUAAAAGGAUGUUUUGUGUUGUUUUAUGAGGAGAAUGGAUACCAUUGUUCUACGAAAUUGCUGGAGAUAAUUUCUAUGAC